AUGGCUUUCCCUGGCCACUUUCCCCGGACGGACCUCUACGAAUAUUCGGACCAGCAUUUCUUACUGCUGGACAGUCCCAGCAGUGCUUACAUCGAGCCCGACCUAGAGGCGUGGAGUGCCAGCACGAGCGAAUGGGCCGAGACGAAACAGCCUAUCCUGCGAUUUCUCUCGGAACGUGACCAAGGCCCAAUGCUCUUCCAAAUGUCCGGAUUCCCAGAGCCACACGGUAUCCCACCGCUACCGGGGUCUUACCGAAAACCUUCUCCUCCGCGAACGACGAUAUCAUCUACAGACAGCUGUGCUAGUCCUCCAUGUGCUACAGACUUUCUGCAGCCACAAACGCCCCCAAUAACCGACUGCAUUUCUCCAUUGUUGAGCCAUCCACAUCAGCUAUCAGCUGGUGGCCAUCUAAGUUACACAGACCAUGCCGACAGCUGCAUGAAUACGUUUGAUCUGGAUUACCGGGUGGACGACUCAGCUGAAUUCUUCAAACUCGAAGAGUCGAACUCGAGCUGGUCUACCCCCCAGUUUCCCGAGUCAACGCAGGACUCUUGGUCGCCAUAUGCCGGUCCACUUCUCAAGUCUGAGGUCGAUCUUGGACAAAUCCCGGCUCCUACAACCGUCGAACCAUCGGGUACCGGCACGGGUGACGAGUUGGACCCUGGCGAUGAAAUCUUUGUGAACACGCAGAGCCAAGUUCAUGACAGCCCAAAAAGAUCGCGAAGCCAGAAGAUGUCCAUGCGAUCUCCAGAUGGGCAAGACUCACAGGCACGCAAGCGGAAGAACACUUUGGUCACGAAUCCGACGAAGCGCCCAAAGACAGAGGUCGCGGCUUCCGAGAACUUGCCACCACUCAAGAUGGGCGCUUCUCAGCAGGGCAACAACUAUUCCUGUCACGACUGUGCGAAGCCAGCCUUCUUCAGAGACGAGCAAAGUCUGUUGAAGCAUCGAAAGGCUCAGCACACACGCCCUUUCAACUGCGUCUACCACUUUGCCGGCUGCCAGUCUACCUUUGCCAGCAAGAAUGAAUGGAAAAGGCACGUGGUAUCACAGCACCUCGUGCUGCACUACUGGAUCUGCACUGAAGGGUCUUGCGCCCAGGUCCCUGUGAUCGAAGACUCGUUGGGCUCCUCGACCCAGAUGUACCCAGACGCGAACACAGACACCUCAGGUCGCCACGGCACCAUCUUUAACCGCAAGGACCUCUACACCCAGCAUCUCCGGCGCAUGCAUGUUCCUGCCGAGUUCAAGAAGUUGAUGAAGCAGAAGAACGCACACGUCCCUGAAUGGGAGAAACAGGUCAAGGAGCACCAGAAGAAGUCGCAGCGCCUCCGUUGUGCUCUGCCUGAGCACAUGGAUUGCCCUCUGCCCACAUGCACCGACUCUUUCCAUGGGGCCAAUGCGUGGGACGAGCGAAUGGAGCAUGUUGCACGACACCUCGAUACCACUGCCAGUAGUACUGCGGGUAGCGGUCAUGCCGCGGCCGAGAACCCGACUGUCGAGUUCGGUGGACCCGGGGACCUCACUCUUCUGCAUUGGUCCAUGAGGCCUGACGUCGCCGUGAUCCGCUGGAAUAGACAGAACGGCUGCUGGGAGCUGAACAACCCCCUCCGGACAUCUGCAGGCCCGAGGAAGUCCUCGACGAGCGCCAGAACCCGGCGUGCCCCAAGCCUUGAUUCCAAAGAGGUGCCGGCACAAGAUGAUUACCCCUUUGUCCGCGGUCCAUCCGAAGACGAUGACGACCGAGACGCUGAAGGCGAGGACGACGAUGGAUACGUUAUUUGA